CGCGCGGGUGGCGAGCCGGUGGCGCGGCGCGGGGGCGAGCGGCGCUGCGGGCCGUGGGAGGAAGCGCUGCGCCCGGCCCGACGGCGCUCGUUGAGCCACAUCCGCGGGUCGCCGGCGACGCUGCCGGCGCCUGUCACGCACGGCCCCUCCAUCUUGAAGGAAGGAGGCCGCCGUUUCCCCACCGCCGGGGCGGGCAGCCGCGCUCAUGGCGUUCAGUCCCUGGCAGAUCCUGUCGCCGGUGCAGUGGGCCAAGUGGACGUGGUCUGCGGUCCGCGGCGCGGGCGCGGGCGAGGAAGAAGCCGGCGGCCCCGAGGGCGACCCCGAGGAGGAGGAGGACUCGCAAGCCGAGACCAAAUCCCUGAGUUUCAGCUCGGAUUCUGAAGGUAAUUUUGAGACCCCUGAAGCUGAAACUCCAAUCAGAUCGCCUCUCAAGGAGUCUUGUGAUUCACCACUAGGAUCGACAGAACCUGAGGCCAAAACCCAAGAACCACACGAAGCCGAUGAACAGUUUGUAGCAGAAGUAAUUGAAAAAUGUCCAUCUGAUCCGUGUUCUAGACCUCCAGAAAAUGAAGUGCCCACUGAUCCUCACUCUGUCAAGGAUGUCAAAGGAGAAACCCACCAUGAUGUUAGUAAGAUCUCGGUAGUGAGGCCAUUUUCAAUAGGCACCAGGAGUUCCACAGAGGAGCCAAAAGCAUCCCAUGGCUGUGUGCCUGCACUCACGGGCAAGGCUUUGCCCUCUGCUGCCUCAGAAGCCGCUCAGGACAAGCCAGUGACAGAGGGGGGCAUGGGGGUCACAUCAGAGGCUUUUACAGAAGCCGGUCUGAAGACUGGAGAGCCCAUGGCCAGCAGGAGCAAGCUGAGGAAACCCAAACCUGUCUCCCUGAGGAAGAAGACAGCUAGAGGCGACAGCUGGGAAGCCGAAAUGACCACGGAGGGUUUGCCUCUCCCUGAGGUUUCCUCCCUGGCGAUUCCUGAUGAAUUCGAUAAGAACACACAUCCUCGGGUGCUGAGGGUUGCCAGGGCCCAGAAGUCUUCCCUUGACCUUAAAGAAGCUGCCAGCGCUCUCCGUAACGGCACCAGUGGCUCAGGGGUUGAGCUGCAGGAGGAGCCCAGGAACUCACCUCUCAGGCUUGAGUAUGAGUUUAUAGAAGAUAGGGAAAAUGUCGAGACCAGGGAUGCCCUUCCAAGGAAACCUGCUAACAAACUGACGCCCGACAUACGGAAAGAUGUCGUCAGUCAGCCAGUACAUGUCGAACAGCCUGCAGACCCAAGAGUCCAAGAUGCCUCUCUCUCCCAAACGUCUCCUAAGCCAGAUCCUAGCAAACGGGGUCACCCCAACUUGAAUUCCUCCGGGAGCUGCCCCAUCCUGCAGAGCUCCCCACCCCUCUCCUGCAAAGGCUCCUACCACUUUGACCCAGAUAACUUGGAUGAGUCCAUGGAUCCCUUCAAGCCAGCCACAGCGUCGACAAGCAGCACCCUUUGUUCUGCCACUGGUAAUCAUGUUAAUGAAAUCUUAGACUCACCCAAGAAGGCAAAGUCGCGUUUAAUAACGACUACUGAGCAAGUGAAAUUUCUCUGUUUUCUGUUGAGUGGCUGCAAGGUGAAGAAAUAUGAAACUCAGGCUCUUGAUUUGGACACAUGUUCUCAGGAUGAAGGAGCUGUGAUCUCGCAGAUCUCGGACAUUUCUAAUAGGGACGGCCACGCUACUGAUGAGGAGAAACUGGCGUCCACAUCCUGUGGUCAGAAGUCAGCCGGGGCAGAGGUGAAAGGCAUAGAGAAGGAGACAUGCCAGAAGACGGAGAAAGAGGAGUCGACUGUGCAUGGAACGCUGGAGUCCUCUUCAGAAAAGGCCCCGGUGUCUGUGGCCUGCGGGAGUGAGAGCCCCCUGGAUGGGAUCUGCCUCAGCGAAGCAGACAAGACUGCCGUGCUCACGCUGAUCAGAGAAGAGAUAAUCACUAAAGAGAUUGAAGCCAAUGAAUGGAAGAAGAAAUAUGAAGAGACCCGAGAAGAAGUCUUGGAGAUGAGGAAAAUUGUGGCUGAAUAUGAAAAGACCAUUGCCCAAAUGAUUGAAGAUGAGCAGAGGACAAGCAUGACCUCUCAGAAGAGUUUCCAGCAGCUGACGAUGGAGAAGGAGCAGGCCCUGGCUGACCUGAACUCUGUCGAAAGGUCCCUUUCCGAUCUCUUCAGGAGAUACGAAAACCUGAAAGGCGUGCUGGAAGGGUUCAAGAAGAAUGAAGAAGCCUUGAAAAAAUGCGCUCAGGAUUACUUAGCUAGAGUUAAGCAGGAAGAGCAGCGGUACCAGGCCCUGAAGAUUCACGCCGAGGAAAAACUGGACCGAGCCAACGAAGAGAUUGCUCAGGUUCGCUCCAAGGCCAAGGCUGAGAGCGCGGCUCUCCAUGCUGGGCUCCGGAAAGAGCAGAUGAGGGUGGAGUCCCUGGAACGGGCCCUUCAGCAGAAGAAUCAAGAGAUUGAAGAACUGACAAAAAUCUGUGAUGAGCUGAUUGCAAAACUGGGGAAGACGGACUGAGAUUCCUCCCGCGGGCCGUGCAGACCGGAGCCUGGCUGCUUGUGUCGUGACCCCAGUUAUCUUGCCUUAUCCAGAAAUAAUCCCCUCCUUCGCAGAGAAAAGCAACUUUUUAAAAAGCACAUGCCUGCUGCUCCCUCUUCCGCUUCACUGCCCCUGCCGCAGCUGGAGCCUGGCUGCUGGGGAAGGAGUGACAUGCGUGCGGCAUUGGCCUGUGCGGCCAGGCCAGGCUGUCGCUUCUGUUAGAUGACGGACGGGCUGCUGGGUCCAGGGUGUGCUGCUCCGUCUCCAGCUGUCUUCACUUUUCCCGAGUUUGUGAAAUUUCUAAUUUCGUGGCGACUGUGGGGGAUUAUCUCCCCAGCCCAUGUUUGAUAUUUUUAUGACCUGGUUAAUCUUUUAAAAUUUCAAUAUCAGCAGUUUUAUUGAAGGAGACAGUUUGGCCUAUUGCUCCUAACAGUGAGACUCUGAGUUCCCUUUUAUUUCCAGACUUUUACUCAUGCGUGUAUCUCUCUACAUGCUGCUUUUUCCCUGAAACAUAUUCAGAUAAGAAUUUCUAGGAAGGAGCAUAGUCACAUACAUAAAUACAGAUGCUUCUUUCGAAAGAGAGCCCUAGGUCUAAAAGCCAGCUUCAGGCUCUGGAGGGCCUGAUGACAUAGCCCUGUUGCUAGAGUGCUUCCUAUACACAAAGGCCCUGGGUUUGAUCCCCAGAACUAUAAAAACUGGAUACUGCAGUGCAUGCCUGUUAUCCUAACACUCCAGAAGUGGAGGCAGGAGGAUCAGAAGUUCAGGGUCAUCCUCAACUACAUAGCCACUUGGAGGCCAGCCUGGGCUAUAUGAGACCAUGUUUAAAAAGGGGUGAAUGGAAGCAUGGGGACAUCUUAGCUUUUGGGAGAUGAGGGCAGGAAAAUCACUCGAACCUGGGAUUUAAAGAUAGCACUGCACUAGGCAAUGUAGACCUUUUCUCAGAAAUCCAACAUCCAAACCAAAACUUGAGUCAGGGUGGGGAGGUUGGGGAUAUGAAGAUCAGGGACUUAGGUUCUGUGUCCAAGGAAGACUUUGCUGUGCCGUUUGCUGCCCAGUACUGGACACCACCACCACCACCACCACCACCCAGGCCCCAGCAUGGUCCUUUGUGUUCACAAUGAAAGUAGCCUCUCAAGUCCACGAACAGCAGCGUGGGCCUCCCCCAGAGCUGGCAUUUGGUGGAUGCGUCCACCUGGGGGCGGUCUCUAAGACAAAAUCAGCUGUUGUUAUCUAUUUGAAAUACACACAAAAGGGACUUGGGAAAGGCUCAGCUGAUCUUGUUCACAGAUAAGGGCAUCCUAAGGACCAGUGAGAGGGUAAAGGACUGUGAUUUUCUGUGUUUACAAGCACGGUACACUUCCGAGACUUAAAAACAGCAACAAAUGUUUUCAUACUUGAGGUGGACUUUUAAACAAAACAGGAAGUAAAAAGUCACAUGACUCAUGCCCCAAAUCAGUUGAAUGCUGGGGAGGGCAGUGCAGGAGGAGGUCCACCCAGACAGAAUGAAGUUCUGUUAACUCAUACUGGGGGACAUUAAUCCCCGAAUAGAAAACCCCCACAUUGAUGCCAGUGAGUUCCUUUCCAUUUGAUAGGCAAAACCAAAUCCAUUCAAGUUUUUGUGCAUUUUUUGCCUUAAUCUUCUACCCUGAGUUGUCGUGGUAAAAAUGCAUUAUUCAGUACACCUAUAUUUUCCUCCUUGUAAAACUGUUGCAUGAGCCAACUCCAGAAAUGAGCUGUGCCUCGUGGAGAACCUCUGUAGAUCUUAGAAACAAUAUUCCUUCAGCAGUGCGUUACCAUGUGGGCGCAAAGCUUUUAGCUCUAGGGAGUGAGUAAUGUCUUCUCAAGCUAGAAAUCACAUUUUUGUCAAUAUGCAUUUAUGAUAAUUGGUGCUUAGGUUAGGCUGUAUUUUGAGGCCUACUGUCUUAACAUUUUGUACAAAAACACAAACAGAAGUUAUCUGCGGUUGGAGAAAUGGCUUUGACAAUCAUUGGGGCUCUGAAUUUAGUCACAGUGGCUUAAUGUGAAGGCUGUAACUGUGGACAGACACACUGUCAGGUUCAAGUGUCUUCAAGGGGCGUAGCCAGCGUCUGCUUAGCUCUCUUCCACAAGAGGAGUUAAUUUUGCAUUUUGAGAAACAACACAGAUGUUUUGGCUGCAGUGUUAUGGUGGUAUCUAUGUGUGUGGUUUGUAAUGACUUUUUUUUUUCAGUCUGAAAGGCCUAGAGUGGUCUCCAUCAUUAAUCUAUAGUCCUUGUUUCCUGAAUUUUUUUAUUUUAUUUUAAUUUUUUUUUUGUAGUACUGGGGAUUGUACCCAGGGUCUUGAACAUGCUAGGCAAGUACUUUACUGUGGAGCUACAUCCCUGGCCCCAGCCCUCUUUUUAAGCUUGUUCCUUCCUCUGCUGUAUGUUACAAAGCCUAGAAGAGGCGUGGUGACCGCCCUUCCCUGCCACACUGGCGGAAGAGACUCCUUGAAAAACAGACCCUGCUAUAUGAAGUAGCUGUGCAGGGGACAUAAAAUAGUCCUGUAAGCAGUAUUUGCCAGUGGCCUCUUAGUCAUCACCAUUACCAGGAAAUGCCCACAACUUCUGGCUUAUGGAGAGUCUCCAACAAGAAUAAAAAUGUAGCUUGCACAGCUGGCAAAUUAAGAAAAUAUCCUAGGCAGAGUAAAGUCUAUUUAUUUUUCUUUUAAUUAAAUGAGCCCGAAGAAGCUCUUAGCACUCGAGAGAGUAAAAAUAUAAAGUUUCCUUCAACACACGCUGGGGGCCAAAUACUUGUUUGUUAGGCAAUUAAAAGGGGGGGGUGUCCUCAGUGGUAGAGCACUUGCCUAGCAAGCGCAAAGCCCUGGG